CGCCCCCGACAUUAACCCGGCUAUUUCGAGAAACUUCCAGCCCACUUUCCCACGUCACUUCAAGGAAUCUUUAAAGCGUCCGUCGCCUGCAUAACAUGUUUCAGUACUCGACAGCCAGCAAUAUGAACGGCAUGAAGACACAGUCACCGACACUGACAAUGGCCAACAAUGACAGCGACCCUCUCCCUCUCGGCUGGGAAGUCAAAAUUGACCCUCAGACUGGAUGGCCCUUCUUUGUGGAUCACCAUAACCGCACGACCACCUGGAAUGACCCGCGACACGACACGAAGAAGGUCAGGGAAGUGUCAUCAAAUGGUCCCAACAUACCACCAGAACCCAGCCCUCAGGAGACUCAGAAAACCUUUGUGAGGGAGAUGAAGCACCCCAUUUUGCGCCCAGGUUACGUCCCUAUCCCUGUCUUCCAUGACGGUGCAGAACUGAAGCAGCAGCAGCAUCCAUGUUAUUCCUACAUCCAGCCAACUAUUGCACAGAAUAUCCAGUCGGACGGGCGGACACCUUCCCCGACGCCGGGGCUCCACUGCAGGCCCAGAUCACCCCUACAUGGAUCUACAGAUGGCUGCUCCCCUGAGCCUGGAAAGGCUAGCUCGCCUGUUUCACAAACAGCAGAGGUUUACACUGCCCCACAUCAACAACCCUCACGCCCCAGCAGCACUGGUUUUCAAGCAGGUUACAUCCCCAUCCGUGUGAUCCAUGAGGGUGGAGGAAGUCAAACACCAACACAGGCUCAGUUAAAUCCCUCCGUCUACUCUCAGCGCAUCCCCUACCCAGAGCACCACCAGCCCCUCCAUCGCCAUCAGACCGACGAAUGGCCCGGCUACUCUGCGGCAAUGCAGCCUCCCCGGGAGAGAGCUUCUCCGAUCCAACAUCGAGAUGCUACUUCUAUUCACCUCCAACCUCAUAUUAGAUGCCAGUCACCUAUUAUAACGCAGGUGAUGGGAGAGAGACCGCAGGCUCAGCAGCAUGUCCUCACUAGAGACCCGCCCCAGAAAAUGGAGCAGGAACAACACACCGCUCAGCAGAAACCCGAGAACACGCAGCUCCCCCACCCAUCGCACACAGAAGUUGACUUCCAAAAGCCUCAACAACCUCAACAGUUCCAACAGCCUCCACCUCCGCAACCUCAAAAGUUCCAACAGCCUCCACCCCCGCAACCUCAACAGUUCCAACAGCCUCAACAGUUCCAGCAACCUCAGCAGUUUCAGCAACCUCAGCAGUAUCAGCAACCUCAGCAGUAUCAGCAACCUCAGCAGUAUCAGCAACCUCAGCAGUAUCAGCAACCUCAGCAGUAUCAGCAGGCACAACCUCAAUCCCCACAGCCUCAGUAUCCUGAACAGUUGCCGCAGCAACAGUUCCCGCAGCCGCAGAAAGUGGAGCAACCACAACAACAUACUGCAGAUAUCAAAGUACAAAUACCUCCCAAACCCGAGGCCGAGGACACAACAGUUGUUCCCCCAGAGGUCCCACCUGUGAAGGUUGAGGCUGAACAUGCUGCUCAGAGCCCAGUGCAUCCAGGCUUGGCUAAAGUACAGCAGAUUGUUGCAAGGGUUGCUAAACUGGAGCAGGAUGUGAAAUGUUUUGAGGGAAAGAAGAAUGGUAAGAAAUACUUGUUACUGGAGGAGCUGCUGACCAAAGAGCUCUUAGCACUGGACUCUGUUGACCCAGAAGGUCGUGUAGACAUACGGCAAGUGAGGCGGGAUGGAGUCCGGCGUGUUCAGAACAUACUGGAAGCACUGGAGCAGCUGGAGGAGCGGCCAUCUAGGGAAAUGGCGAUGGAGGGAGACAACCAGAUGCAGAAAGGAGAGCCCAGAAUGAUCUCCAAGGAGAAUGUAGAGCUGGCAAAGGAGAUCUCAUAAUGACUUCACACUGAAGAGGAGAGCAGGAUGACCUGCUGUAUAUUUGAUAGUGAACAAGUCUGUUUCGGCUAUCUCUACUCCUCUUCUUUCUACAGCAUUUGUGGAAGUUGCAUGCAUUGAUUAACAGUGUUGGUAUUUCCUGCCAUUCAGCACAUAAUUGAUGGUAGCUCAGUGCAAUCAUGUUUUCAAGCCAAUGUUGUUGCCUUCUAUGUUGUGCCAACUUCCUCAUAAUAAGACAGCGGUCAUGGUCAAGGUGUUGUCAACAAUGUCUAGUCAAAUUGAAGUUGAAAUAAGAGGCCUUUAUCAAUAAAUGGAAGAAGAGUUAAAGUAUUUUCUUAAGAAGUGUUAUGUGUGGCUGUCUUUUGUCUUGAUCAUAUAUUGUAUGCAGCUUUUCUUAAUCCAGUCAGAAAAUCGGUUAGUACAAAAGUGCAAACAUUGGGCUUUAAAGCAGAGCUCAGUCAACAGAAAAAAGCAUUUCCCCCCUUUAUAGCCACAUGGUCGUGUUGGAGCUGCUUUGUCACAGAGCACAGUGAAUAUGUUUAUUAGAUGCUGCUUUUUGGCGCAUUACUGAUUUUGCCGUCUUUGCACUUUGCCAUCAUUGAAAUGUAUCAUGCUGAAAGAUCAUGGGCACUUCAUUUGAAAUAUACAAGUUACACAGGUUUUGAUUGAUGUGUUUGAGUGUUUGUAUGUGCAUUGGUUUACUUGUUAUUUCCUUAUAUAGUAUUUUGGUACAUUUAUGAAUGUGUAAGGACAAGUUGAGGUCAGAUGUGGACCUUACUCGAGAUGUCGGACAAUCAGCACCUGGAGGAAUCAUAGUUUAAGAUUGUCAGAAUGUAUAACCACCACAGCCACAAUCUGUAACAACGCUGACACAACCCUUCAAAAUGUCAACUGUGAGAAAGUGCCCGGUUCUUAAAAAGAUGAAGCAAGGAAAUUCCAAUCUGUAAUUUAAAAAGGUUCAAAAAUAUUCUUAAGAUCUCACUAAUCAGUUGUGUCCUAAUUUGUCACUUUGAUAAUCAGGUAGGGUCUCUGCCGAACCCACCCUUACAAAAUGAUAGAUUGUGGUAUAGUGUUUGUUAUUCACUGUUUAUGAAUAGCAGACUGAUGCAUUGUUGAAAGCAAAUCACGUUGGUAUGUUUGAAAAUAAAAUUUAUUUGACAAGGA